CUGAAGAAAAGCCCUGUAUUCAGUCAACUUGUGAAAAAAACAGGAAGUUUCGGUUCAAACACAGUCGCUCGGCUCUACUUCCUCCUCCUUAAAAUAAUACUUUACUGCCACCAAGUGGCCACGCUGGUGCAGGAAGACCUGGAGAAGACCAAAGAGGAGCUCAAGAACAAAGUGAUGUCCGCCCACGUUCAGGAGCCCCUCAACGCGGAGAACGAGCACGACGAGAACGACGAGGACAGCGCCGAGGCCAGCGCCGAGUUCACCUCCGCCGCCACGUACAAGGACCGCAGCGAGGAGGAGAGGAUGACCGAGGCCGAGAAGAACGAGCGCCUGCAGAAACACCUACUGGCUCUAAGCUCGGAGCUGGCCAACGCUCGGGAUGAGACCAAGAAGACGGUGAACGACAUGAUCCACGCAGAGAACAUGCGGGCGGGACGCGACAAGUACAAGACCCUCCGACAGAUCCGGUCAGGAAACACCAAACAGCGCAUCGACGAGUUUGAGUGCAUGUGAGGUGUCCCGCCUCACGCCAGCUGUCCUCUCUCCACCCAAACAUAUCCGGUCCGCAGCACCACGGGCGGCUAAAGCACAGCUCUUUGUUCACAUGGGGAUCUGGGACAUUUCCGUGGUCGUUCAUUCUUAAAUUUAAAUUUAGGCAAGUCUCCGGCUGAAAAGGGACAUACUGUUUUGUGGCUGUACAUUCUGGAUAAGAGGGUUUAUGUAGCUUAUUAGCAAAGGGGUUCACAUCUCAUUUUUUGUGACAAAUUGAGCUCUUUUUUCCCCUACUAGUUUUAUGUCAUGAUUUUUUUUUAAAAAGAACAAGGCUCGGACCUGAAUCCAAAUUCGGCACAACUUGGAAAUGAAUAGUUCUGCUGUACGCAAGCAACGGUUCUUCAUAGCAAGCUGGAAAUGUUUUAGACUGUGCUUCUCCUCCUCAUGAUGCUUCCCAGUCGCAUGGUAGUCUGCACAAGCGAACACGUAUAUGCCUCUCCAAUGUCUGCGAGGAGCAUUUAUAAAGCAGUAUUAUUAUUAUUAUUGUUAUUAUUAUGUUUUCCUCAGAUUUAAAAUAGUUUUACUUUUCAUUUGACUGCUUCCACAAUCUGUCGACUGUUACAAAAUCAUACAGUAUUUGCAAACCAACCAUAAUGUGAUAUUAAAGAUUUCAUUUCCAUUUAGAUGUUUUUGUCUGUUUUUGUCUGUUUUUUUCUUUUUUUUCUUUAGGCCACUUUGCAAAUGCAAAGCCUCAAAUGUAAAGCUCGAAUCAAUUUGUUAACGUCUUUGUAGACAAAAUGCCUUUUCUUUUUCUAAACUUAACUAUUGUAGCAUCAUGUAGACAACGAAAAUGGAAUGAAAAAAUACUCGAUGAGGAGCUGUUUUUUAGCAUUUAGACACUGAAGAAGAAAAGUUAGAAUAUUACAUGCCAAAUUAAUUGUGACUUUAAUGUGUUAGUUGCUGUGUUUUUCUAUCCAGAAUCGAGUUAUCAGUCACUGAAGUCAGUUUUUAAUUUAAAUAUCUGGUCAGGACCUUUGUAGUUGAUUGUAGUGUAGAUCAAUGAUUGUUUCUCUGGUCUGAUAUAAGCAGUAAUCAAAAGGAAUGUCACUAUUUGUGACCAUUUAGCUUCUUUGGUGAAAACAAUGUCACAUUUAAACGUUAAAGUUGUGGUUGGAUUUUGUUUUUUCACAAGAAGCCUACGUAUUCCCUCAGAACGGUCAAAUGAACAAGAUAAAUACAUUUCAUGCAGCAUGCACUGGAAAGUUAUAGUUUACCUUUAAAAAACUAGCCUAAACAUGCAUUCACAGGCGGCACUUUUCCCACAGGCCUUUUUGCUAGACUGUACGUAUUUAAUUACAUUUGUGUAUUUUGUAAUUGGGAUUUUUCACACAUGAUGAAUUAUGUACAGUGACAGAGACGUCUGAGGAUAUUUUUGUAUAACAAGAAUCUGGAAAAGAUUGUCGAUAAAUGAAAAGGAAUAGGAUGUUGGGAUUUAACCGAUUGAAGAACGAGCACCCGAUUCUGUCAUAGGACCCGUGAUCCUGAAUCUGGUGUGCCGUCUCGCUGAUGCCGGUCAAGAAGGGAAAUUUUUGAAGUACCAAAAGAAUUUUGUAUCACAAAGAAAAAAAAAGUUCUUCCUGGUACCCCUGUUCCAUUUGGUUUAGAUGAUCUUGAGUGGUGUGGCGGCUUUCUUACUUGUUCAUAGAGUUUUAGAAACUAGCAUUUGACAGAUUUAUUUACACUAUUUUUCAAGUAUGAAAAUGUAUGUUAGUUAUAAAUAUUUCCGGUUAUUUUAUUUCCAUUCUGUACCGAGGUGCGUUUUUAUGCACAACCUGAGCUCUUUGCUGCUUAUACUUUAUGUAUCUGCUGUGAGGUUUAAAGGAAGAAAAUCAUCAAAAUUGUUUUUUUGGACAUCUCUUCGAGCCUUGGAAAGCCACUGUUACAAUCCUGCACGGUUUUAUUCCUGUAAUUGUGCCAUAAUUUGUGCAGAUUUAUUAAAAGGUGCCACAUAGUAUGUUGUCUUGAGUCCUGAUAAAGAUUGUAAAAUGACAGACUGUGCCUUGCCUGGUUUAGUAAUCAGAUUGUCUUUCCUCUGAAAUUGUUCCUUUCGUCAAUUAAUAAAAGUUUGGAUAAAGUGCUUAUUUUUUUGUAUUUCGUUCUCUAUUCUGCAUCAAUCCAUGAUAUC